AUGCCUAUCUGUGGAGUUGGAUCUUCUGUGAUGAACACUUCAAGCUGGAUAUAUGGACAAGUGCAUUCAUUACAUUUCAAAUACUCAAAAAAGGUAGAAAUGUCCAUCAUCAAUGCAAUUACACAUCAACUUCCUGCAGUAUAUGUUGAUGUCAGCCAAUGGAAAUUACCAGAGCAGGUUCAAAAUAACCUAGCUGAUCCAGAUUUUUAUAAACCAGGUAACAUUGAUCUGUUAUUGGGAGCAGAAUUGUUCUUCGACCUGCUAGGCAAUGAACAAUUAAAAGUAAACAAUCAAUUAGUUACUAUUCGCAACACCAAGCUAGGGUGGAUAGUAUCUGGAAGGGUAAAUUCAGCUCAACACCCGGUACCAUCAAUGUGUUUAUUGUCAUCAAUCUAUAACAAUGACGACAAACCUUCUAUCUUGUGCAACGAAGCAGUUAAAUGCGAGGAACAUUUCAAGUCCACAUAUACUAGAACCAAAGAAGGUCGUUUCAGUCUCAAGCUUCCCAUCAAGGACAUAUCAAUUCUAGGAUCCUCGUAUGAAAUGGCUCGUCGACGUUUCUUUAGUUUGGAAAAACGACUGUCGCAAAACGAUGAGUUACGUUCAAAAUAUAUCACAUUUUUACAGGAAUAUGAAGCAUUAGGGCACAUGUCACAAAUUAAAAAUGUUGAUGCCGUACAUACCAACUGUUAUUAUCUCCCACAUCAUGCAGUGCUGAGAGCAGAGAGCCUCACAACAAAAACGAGAGUUGUCUUUGAUGCAUCAGCCAAGACCACCAGUGGUAAAUCUCUAAAUGAUGUGUUGAUGAAUGGUGGAGUUGUCCAAGAUGAUUUGGUGUCAAUAUUAUUACGGUUUAGAAUGCACAAGUUUGUCAUGACUGCAUUAAAUGACCUACAUGUCAUUAAAUUUAGGAUGUUUCAACUCUCGUUUAAAUUUGACUAUUUCAUUCUUCCGUUUACCUGCGUCAAUGCGCUGUGA